GACCCGAGGAUUCACCGUUGCAUUCAUGGCCGCCACGCCAUCUUCACCCACAGUUGCCUCUCGAGUUCCCUUUGCAGAUUUAUGUUUAACUCUGGAGCGAAUACAGAAAGCCAAAGGACGUCCAGAAAAAGUCAAGCACUACAGGGACUUUUUGGAUUCUUGGAGGAAAUUUCAUGAUGCCCUUCAUAAGAAUCAGAAAGAUGUCACAGACUCUUUUUAUCCAGCUAUGAGGCUGAUUCUUCCCCAGCUAGAAAGAGAGAGAAUGGCCUAUGGUAUCAAAGAGACGAUGCUCGCUAAGCUCUACAUUGAACUACUUAAUUUACCCAAAGAAGGAAAAGAUGCUCAGAAACUAUUAAAUUAUCGAACACCUACAGGGACUCGUGGGGAUGCAGGAGACUUUGCCAUGAUUGCGUACUUUGUGCUGAAACCAAGAUGCCUGCAAAAAGGAAGCUUGACCAUCCAGGAAGUCAACAGCAUUCUGGACUCCAUCGCCAGCAAUAAUUCCUCCAAGAGAAAAGACCUGAUGAAGAAGAGUCUUCUUCAGUUUAUUGCUCAGAGUUCAGCUCUUGAGCAGAAGUGGCUCAUCCGAAUGAUUGUCAAGGACUUAAAGCUUGGUAUCAGCCAUCAAACUAUUUUAUCUGUUUUUCAUAGUGAUGCGGUGGAGUUGCACAGUGUCACCACAGAUCUGGAGAAAGUCUGUAGGCAACUGCAUGACCCCUCUGUUGGGCUCAGUGAUAUUUCUAUCAGUUUAUUCUCUCCCUUUAAACCAAUGUUAGCUGCCAUAGCAGAUAUCGAACGGAUUGAGAAGGACAUGAAGCACCAGAGUUUCUACAUUGAAACAAAGCUGGAUGGUGAGCGUAUGCAACUGCACAAAAACGGGGACGUCUAUGAGUAUUUCUCCCGAAACGGGUACAACUACACUUCGCAGUUUGGUGCUUCCCCUGAGGAGGGUUCUCUUACACCAUUCAUCCAUGGUGCUUUCCACACAGACAUACGAGUCUGUAUCCUGGAUGGUGAGAUGAUGGCCUACAAUCCUCACACGCAGACUUUUAUGCAAAAGGGGAACAAAUUUGAUAUUAAACGGAUGGUGGAUGAGACUGACCUGCAGACCUGCUUCUGUGUUUUCGACGUCCUGAUGGUCAAUAGUAAGAAACUUGGACACGAAACCCUGAGGAAGAGGUAUGAGAUUCUGGGGAACGUUCUCACACCGGUACCAGGCCGGAUAGAAAUCGUGCAGAAAACACAAGCUCAUACCAAGAAAGAAGUCAUUGAUGCUUUAAAUGAAGCCAUAGAUAAACGAGAAGAGGGAAUCAUGGUCAAGAACCCCUUCUCCGUUUACAAGCCAGACAAGAGAGGGGAAGGAUGGCUGAAGAUUAAACCCGAGUAUGUAACCGGGCUGAUGGAUGAGCUGGAUGUCUUACUUGUUGGGGGCUACUGGGGGAAAGGCUCACGGGGUGGAAUGAUGUCCCACUUUCUGUGUGCGGUGGCAGAGAAGCCGCCUCCAGGGGAGAAGCCAUCAGUGUUUCAUAGCCUCUGCCGUGUGGGCUCAGGUUACACGAUGAAAGAACUGUAUGACCUGGGUAUGAAGCUGUCGAAGCACUGGAAGACAUUUCACAAAAGGGCUCCUCCCAGCAGCAUUUUAUGUGGAACAGAGAAGCCGGAAGUGUACAUUGAGCCCUGCAACUCUGUCAUUGUCCAGAUCAAGGCAGCAGAGAUCGUCCCCAGUGACAUGUAUAAAACGGGUUGCACGCUGCGCUUCCCGCGGAUCGAAAGGAUCAGGGAGGACAAAGAGUGGCAUGAGUGCAUGACUCUGGAGGAGAUGGAGCAGCUCCGGGGCAGGGCGGCCGGGAAGCUGGCUUCCAAACACCUCUACCCCGGUGGUGAUGGCAAUGAUGAACCACAAGAGAAAAAGCGGAAAGCUGCCCCCAAGGUGAAGAAAGCCAUCGGCAUCAUGGAAGCCUUCAAAGCCCCCAACCUCUCCAGUGUGAACAAAAUCUCGAAUGUAUUUGAAUAUGUAGAAUUUUGUGUGAUGAGUGGCCUGGCUGGCCACCCGAAGCCUGCCCUGGAGAACAGAAUUGCAGAAUUCGGAGGCUGCAUAGUCCAGAAUCCAGGCCCGGAUACGUACUGUGUCAUUGCAGGGACCGAGAACAUCCGAGUGAAAAACAUCAUCUCUGAAGGCAAGCAUGAUGUUGUCAAGCCCGAGUGGCUUCUGGAGUGCUUCGAAACCCAGAGCUGCGUGCCCUGGCAACCUCGGCACAUGAUCCACAUGUGCCCAUCCACAAGGGAGCAUUUUGCCCGCCAGUAUGACACAUACGGUGACAGUUAUUUUAUUGACACAGACGUGGAGCAGCUGAAGGAAGUGUUUGCAAGAGUUAAAAAUUCUGGCGGACAAACUCAGGAAGAAAUGGCUCCCGUGAUUGCCGAUUUAGAGUAUCGAUAUUCCUGGGACCACUCUCCUCUUAGUAUGUUUCGGCGUCACACUGUGUAUGUGGACCUGUAUUCUGUCAUUAGCGAUUCGAGCACCAGACUGGAGGGCACAAGGCUAGCCAUCACUGCCUUGGAGCUUCGGUUUCAUGGAGCCCAAGUCGUUUCUUGUCUAGCAGAAGGCGUAUCACACGUAGUCAUUGGGGAGGACCAUAGCCGAGUGGCCAAUCUUAAAGCUUUUCGAAGAACUCUUCAGAGAAAGUUCAAAAUCCUACGAGAAGAUUGGGUAACUGAUUCGAUAAACAAAUGUGAGUUGCAGGAGGAAAAUCAGUAUCUGGUUUGAAGAUAAAUUCUGUGCCGAGGAAGCCACUACUCUGGCGGAAUCGUCACAUUGGGGUAGGGGGAGGUUGGGGAAUGGAAUGAAACACCAGAUCUCCUUAUAUUCUCGUUUCCUACAGUCUGUGCUCAUGCAGUGCUGUUAGAUGUGGGUAAAACUGUGAUUUUAAAAGAUUGAAUAUUACUGGAAUGGCCAAAGCCAAGAAACAUUUUUUUAAUGACAUAUAGUAUUUGAUGGUUUUUAAAACUAGCCAGUUGAAACAGUUUUAAGAAAAGUUGUCUAUGUAAAACCCCUGUAGAAAAGUAGAAUUUUGACUCAUUAAUGUUAAAUAUAUUUUAAAGCUCUUAAAGUUGUUAAAAGUCUAAAAUUUUACAGCUGAUAAAAAGCAUUGUAAGAAAAGAAUGUUGUAAUUGAAUUUCUAAAAAUCUUAACUUGAAGGCUAAAAUUUCUCUUUUAAAUGAAACAUACAACGGUUUUUAUGGCUGAUGUAAAGCUCAUAAAUAAAAUAGUUUUAACUGUAAUUAAAUUAGGAAGGUUGAAUGAGAUCUAUCAGUCUGAAACUUUGCUUUAGAUCUGUUUGGUUUUAAAUAAACCAGGAAAUUUAGUUGGUUUCUUUUGCUUUAAAGGAACCUCGCCUAUAUUUAAAUUUUUCUGAAUUACGUGCAUUUUUUUAAAGAAAGGGGUUUGGUUUUGUUUUUAGGUACAGACAGUGGUGUUCCAGAUAUAAUCUGUUUACUUGGAGACAAAUAACAUGUAUCUUGUAAAUUUAAUAACAAAGAAGUAAAUUAUUUUUAUUUAUUCUUUGGUUAUUUAAACUAUAUAUCAUAUAAUAUAUCUGAAUUUAUAUACCAAUGUUACAUUUUGAUGAACUAUUGUUAUGACACUAAACUGCUUGGAAUUUGUUAUCUGCAAGUUGUAAAUUUGAUGUAAGUAAUAAGAAAUUUUAUCCAAACAA